UGUGCAACAAGAUGGCGGCCGUUCCGGAGAACAGAGUGCUUUCCUACAGUGUUUUUAAAUGGAGUUCUUACUCCUCGACAUACCUGCCAGAGAAUAUUUUGGUGGACAAACCCAAUGACCAGUCUUCCAGAUGGUCAUCCGAAAGCAACUAUCCUCCACAGUACUUGAUUUUAAAAAUGGAAAGGCCAGCGAUUGUGCAGAGCAUCACUUUCGGGAAGUAUGAGAAGACGCACGUGUGCAACCUGAAGAAAUUCAAGGUGUUUGGGGGGAUGAGCGAGGAGAAUAUGACGGAGCUCUUGUCCAGCGGCCUUAAGAACGACUACAACAAGGAGACCUUCACACUGAAACACAAGAUCGACGAGCAGAUGUUCCCCUGCAGAUUCGUCAAGAUAGUGCCUCUGAUGUCGUGGGGCCCCAGCUUCAACUUCAGCAUCUGGUUCAUCGAGCUGCACGGCAUUGACGAGCCGGGCGUGGUCCAGCCCUGCCUUAACUGGUACAGCAAGUACCGCGAACAGGAGGCGAUCCGCCUGUGCCUGAAGCACUUCCGGCAGCACAACUACACGGAGGCGUUCGAGUCUCUGCAGAAGAAGACCCGCAUCGCCCUGGAGCACCCCAUGCUCACCGACCUGCACGACAAGCUGGUGCUCAAGGGCGACUUCGAUGCCUGCGAGGAGCUCAUCGACAAGGCCGUGAGAGAUGGUUUGUUUAACCACUACAUCAGCCAGCAGGAGUACAAGCCCAGAUGGAGUCAGAUUAUUCCCAAAAGCAGCAAAGGUGACGGGGACGACAGCAGGCCUGGGAUGAGAGGAGGCCACCAGAUGGUGAUAGACGUUCAGACAGAAACCGUGUAUUUGUUUGGUGGUUGGGACGGCACCCAGGACCUGGCGGAUUUCUGGGCCUACAGCGUCCAGGAGAACCAGUGGAUCUGCAUCUCCAGAGACACGGAGAAGGAGAACGGACCAAGCGCGCGCUCCUGCCACAAGAUGUGCAUCGACUCCCAGCGGCGGCAGAUCUACACGCUGGGCCGCUACCUGGACUCCUCGGUCCGGAACAGCAAGUCCCUGAAGAGCGACUUCUACCGCUACGACAUCGACGCCAACACCUGGACGCUGCUGAGCGAGGACACGUCCGCCGACGGGGGCCCCAAGCUCGUCUUCGACCACCAGAUGUGCAUGGACUCGGAGAAGCACAUGAUCUACACGUUCGGCGGGCGCAUCCUGACCUGCAACGGGAGCGUGGAGGACAGCCGCACAUCGGACCCGCAGUUCAGCGGCCUGUACGCCUACCACUGCCAGGCCGGCGCCUGGAGGCUCCUGCGGGAGGACUCCUGCAACGCGGGCCCCGAGGACGUGCAGUCGCGCAUCGGCCACUGCAUGCUGUUCCACACGAGAAACCGGUGCCUGUACGUAUUUGGGGGUCAGAGGUCGAAGACGUACCUUAACGACUUCUUCAGCUACGACGUGGACGGCGACCACGUGGAGAUAAUUUCGGACGGAACCAAAAAGGACUCGGGCAUGGUCCCGAUGACAGGGUUCACCCAGCGGGCUACCAUCGACCCCGAGCUGAACGAGAUCCACGUGCUGUCGGGCCUGAGCAAAGACAAGGACAAGCGUGAGGAGAACGUGAGGAACUCCUUCUGGAUCUACGACAUCGCCCGCAACAGCUGGUCGUGUGUGUAUAAGAACGAUCAGGCGGUGAAGGAGAACCCCUCUAAGGCGGUACAGGAGGAGGAGCCAUGUCCACGCUUUGCCCACCAGCUAGUGUACGACGAGAUGCACAAGGUGCACUAUCUGUUUGGUGGGAAUCCUGGAAAGUCCUGCUCUCCAAAGAUGCGCCUGGACGACUUCUGGUCCCUGAAACUGUGCCGGCCCUCCAAGGAGUACCUGCUCCGACACUGCAGAUACCUGAUCAGGAAAUAUAGGUUUGAAGAGAAAGCGCUGACGGAGCCUCUCAGUGCGCUGAGAUACCUGCAGAAUGACCUCUCUCUGACUGUGGACCAUUCAGACCCCGACGAGACUAAAGAGUUCCAGCUCCUGCCUUCCGCGCUGUUCAAGUCCAGCUCUGACUUCAUCCCCCUGGGCUUCUCCGACGUGGACCAGACGUAUGCCCAGCGGACUCAGCUCUUCGACACGCUGGUCAACUUCUUCCCCGACAGUAUGACCCCUCCCAAGGGUAACCUCGUCGACCUCAUCACCCUGUAGCCACACCCAGACCCCCCACCCCCCCUCCCCCCCCCAG